UUCAAACCAAUUGCUGACGCCGUCUGGCUGAAGCUAACGACAAACGCACGACCUCAUAACUUUGUAACUAGGCUAACAUCGUCAACAAUUAAUACUAAAAGAUGUCCCGGGAACAGCUGGCUGUACAGCGGGCCAGGAAGUCCUUCCAGACAGGGAAGAGCAAGCCUCUGGAGUACAGGAUCCACCAGCUGAAGAGCCUGCUCCGCUUCAUCACAGAGAGACGCAGGGACAUAGCAGAUGCUGUCAAAAAGGACCUUGGCAAGAGUGCAAAUGGGACCGAGCUGUUUGAGACCCUGGGACUGGAGGGAGAAAUCAAGCUGGCUAUAGGGAAGCUGGCAGAGUGGGCGGCUCCUCGGCCGGUGGAGAAGAACCUCCUCACCAUAUCAGAUGAGGUCUACGUGCAGCCGGAGCCUCUGGGGGUGGUGCUCAUCAUCGGGGCCUGGAACUACCCCUGGGCCAUCACCCUGCAGCCGCUGGUGGCAGCCAUCGCUGCUGGUAAUGCAGCAAUAAUAAAGCCGUCAGAGGUCAGCUCUAACUCUUCCAAGGUCAUGGAGGAACUCCUCCCUCAGUAUCUAGACAAAGAUCUGUUCCCUGUGGUGACGGGCGGAGUGUCAGAGACCCAGGAGCUGCUGAAGCAGAGGUUUGACCACGUCUUCUACACAGGCAGCAGCACCGUGGGUAGAAUAGUGAUGGAGGCCGCGGCUCGCCACCUCACCCCAGUGACCCUGGAGCUGGGGGGGAAGAGCCCCUGUUACAUCGACAAGAACUGUGACAUCAGCAUGGCAUGCCGUCGCAUCACCUGGGGAAAGUUCGUGAACUGUGGCCAGACGUGCAUCGCUCCUGACUUCGUCCUCUGUGAACCCUCCAUCCAGAGCAGAGUGGUGGAAGAGAUCAAGAAAUGCAUCAAGGUUGGUCUAAAUGAGUUGCUACAUCAGAGCAA